UUGAGCAGUAACUUGGAACAUGCAGCAGAUGGACUUGAUAGACUAUUGACAUCAAUAUUAAAACUUUCAGGAGACUCUUCAGAAGUCUUAGUUCCAAGACCAGGUUCUACAAAAUGUCCAGAUUCUUAUUACUGUGCCUUUAAUGCAUGGCUACUAGGGAGAUUAUUUUAUGUAUGUUCGGUAAAGGAGUUAAACAAAAUACACAUUGCAAGUAAAGAUGCCCAAGUAAACGAAAAUGAUAAUUUGGAGAAAGUGACAUUGCUGCUUAUUAAUGCUGUCAUACAAAAUAAAAAUGCCGACACAUAUAAAGAGAUUAUUGAUUUAUGCCCUUUAUUAAUACUAAAUAAACAGUUCUCCGCAAGCAAGCUUAUAGGAAAAAUAUUAAUACCGGCGUUUCUUUCUAAGAACCCAGAUAUUCAAUCUGAGCUUACUUCUAUUGUUCAAGCUAUUGCUUGUAUAUCUUUGGGGACAUACGAAGUUAUUUUUGGGGAGCCAGGAAAAUCUAUGGGGCAUACAAUAUUUAAAAAUAAAGCCUUAGAUAUAUCAGUUGUGUGUUACAAUUGUCAAAACAAAAAUAAGGAAGGAGUUGAAGUUUUUUUUGCAAAUAUACAAAAAGAUUACCUAAAGAUUUGCAGAAAGUCUUUCGAAAUAACACCAUCACAACAAACUUUGCUUCACAGUUUACAGAGUUUGUUUACAAAGUUUUUGAACUGGAAACAAUAUGUAGAUCUAGAAAAAACUCAAUACUGGAUGUUAUUUGAAUGCCUAUGCAAUCAUUAUUAUGUGUUUGAUUACGGUGUUACAACUGAAAUUAUCAAUGAAGAAAACAUUAAGAAUGUUUUAAAAGCAAUUAAGCCUUAUAUUAAUAGUACACGAAAACAAGACGGUGAUGAUUCAAAAAGUAAUGAGGUGUUCAUUCAGUGUAUUAAUGUACUAGUAAAACAGACUCAAGCCAGUUUAGAAAGCAAUAAUUAUAAUCAACAAACGCAAACACUUAAUCUAAUUAAAGAGUUUGGUUUAUAUAGUGAUGAGAGAGCAAUAUUACCAGUAACAAAAUUAUUUAUAUACUUUAUAAUGCAUCCACAGUGCAGCUUAGCACCUAAAGCUGUAAUUUAUUUGAGGGAAAUAUGCGAGUUUCACGGCUAUACUCCGAAUCAAGUAUAUCAUCGAUAUAAGAAAGAUUUUUGCAGACUUUUCGUAGAAUGUAGCCUUUAUACUGGAAAGGACUUUGCAAUAUCCUUAUUGAAAGUGGUCAGAGCUUUCGGUUUUGUUGGUUACAGAGACUUCAUAUCCAAAGAUGUACAUCAUUUCUUGCCAUAUUUGAUACCUUAUUCUGUUACUAUUAUGGAAGUUCCCUCAAUGAUUGAAGAAAUUGCUUCGUUAGUUCAGUGUUCAGUGUCUGACUUUAUUGUGGAAAGAUUUCCUCUGAUUUAUGUUCAUGUUUAUCUUAACGAAUCUAACGCAGUAGCUGAUAAGUGCUAUUCAGUUAUAGAAAGACUGACGAAAUGCUCAAUUUUGAGUCUUAUUAAGAAACAUUUUAGGGUCAUUCUAACGGAGUUUCUGUUACAGUAUAGUUGUAACCCAGAGAAAGUACUAAACGCGUGUAGGUACUUAGCCUGCCAUGAUCCAGACGUAUCUACUUCUACUACUUCAAGCGGCCAUAUGAAAAUGAGUACAUCGCAAAUAGCGGAUUUUCUGAAUCCAAAAUUCCUUGGCGUUCUUGCAUAUUUUGAUCAUAAGCUAGUGAACGCUAAAGUUGCGUUAUCCGUGAAGCGUAAGGCUUUAAAAAGUUUUCCUGACAUGAUGCAACUUAUGGGAGUUAAGUAUAUUACUCCUUUAAGGUUUAAAGUGCUCGCUACUUUAAGGUCUGCUUUACCAUUGGUUAAGGAAUUUCCGAAAAUACUGGCGGAUGCAUGGGGCGCCUUCAUUCAUAAUAUCGACAAUAUAUCUCUUGGACCUUUGUUGUCAAAUCUGGCUGUGUCAUUAUUGCAGCAGUUUGAGUACGCUCCGCAAGAAAUAAAUGAAAUAUUUCAUUAUCUCGUAUUGAAAAAUGAAAAUUUAUUGAGCAGUAAUUUAUCCGAUAUUUUCUUUCUCGAAGAUUCAAAGAUUUCCGAAAAAGUAAAAAUAGUUAUAAAAAAACACGUAAAUAGGACACAACCUGAGGGAUUUCUAGAUAAAAUAAAAUGGUAUUUGGAGCAUUUAAAUAAUGAAAUUCCGACCAUAAAAGCUUUUGCUUUUUCUCACUUGGAUAAGUUGCUUAAGAACAACAGAACUGAAAUUCACAAAGCUAUAUUUGGCGGAAAAAAUAUAGAUCCUGUAAUAGUGGAGUUAAUAGACUGUUUAUUGAUUGGUUGUAAAGAUCCUGAUAGCAAAGUGAGUGAUGCUAGUGGUUCUUGUCUGGGCCAGCUAGGUGCCAUCGAAGCCGGACAUUUGCCUCGUCAGUAUGUCCAGCCCGAUAGAUCGCCUUUCGCUUUCUCUAUUGUCGAUAAUUGUUUUGCUGCUACUGCUCUAGUAGAACUUUCUAGAGCUUUUCAAUACGAGAAAGAUACAAUGAAUAUGGAUUGUUACGCCUUGACAAUACAAGAAAUGCUGAAGAUUUACGACAUAUCGCCCACGGGCAGUAAGAAAGAAGUUUGGGAAAGCUUCCCAGAGAAUAUGCAUCAGAUAAUGUUCCCCCUCCUUAGUUCCAGAUACACCUUGGCUUAUCCUUCGCAACCUAAGAAAACGCAUCCGCUAUUCGGCUCAGUACACGCAACUACAUUUCUAGAAUGGGCGCACAAUUGGACGGGUCAGUUGAUCUCGCUAAUAGAGUCUGAAAGUAUUCGAGACUUACUGCGUACCGUACACCCGAGCAUGCGUCGUGACGUACGCACCUUGUUCCUGUUCUUCCCUUAUGUGCUUCUACAUGCUAUUAUGUCGAAAUCUGUCGCACAGUAUGUUGAAGAGGAGAUAAUGGCGGUAAUAGGACGUGAAAAUUCUGAUAACGAGAGAGAGGUACCUUCAGAGAGAGCUAAAUAUAAGAUGUUGCGUCAUAUCAGAAUGACUCCUAAUAUCAAUUCAAUACAAGCUGAAGAAGGAAAUCAGAGUAAGUGCAGCAAAACUAUUUAUACUCUAUUCGACUUCUUGAAUCGAUGGCUUUUGGAGUGGUGUCAUUUAAAACAACGUCCAACUGAAAAUGAAAAUUACAAAGCAAUUUCUUCCUUUAUGGAAAAAUUUGACAAACUCACAAUUGCACGUGGUAACUUCGCGUGCGGCGAAUUGGAGCGAGCUCUACAAUAUCUGGAAAUUUAUAUGGACGAAAAGAAAGAGCGGAUACAAGAACAGUUGCCAUUGUUGGCUGAAAUAUACGCUCUUUUGGAUGAACCUGACUCAGUUGCUGGUAUUUUGUCUAUUAAACGUUCCGAGCCGUCGCUGAAAGAAUUGAUUCUCGCUCAAGUUGUAACAGGUAGAUUGCAAGAUGCUGCACUUUGUUACGAGAGACUCGCCCAAGAAGGACAACUGGAUAGGUACAGCUUACAAGGUAUGAUUGAUUGCUAUUUGGGUCUAGAUCAGCCGUUCACCGCAUAUCGUCUGCUAAACGAACGCGAAACGGACGACAAUAUGAUGGAGCUUGCAGCUGAGCCGUUGUGGCGAUUGGGUCGCUUUGAGCAACUAGAGGAAUUGGCCGAGAAACCAGUACCAUCAUCCCGUGAGAACUGGGGCCUUCUUAUGGGUCGUAUCCUUCUGUCGUACCGUAAACAGGACCACGAAGCCUUUAUAGCGUCUUGUAAAGAAGCAACAAACAGACUACUGUCGCAAAUGGACGGCAAAAGUAGAGGUGAAAGCGCCUUACGCAGUGGCUAUCAGAGUGUUCUCGGAUUACAUAUAGUAAAAGAAGCGGAACAUGUUGAAGAAGUUUUGAGAAGGCUAAAAGAUUUAAAUGAUGGUGAUAGCCAAGGCGAAGCAAUCUUAAAUCAAUUGCUGGACGAGUGGCGUCGAAGACUCUCUGUCGUACAAUCAGACGUGAGGACAAUCGAGCCUUUGCUGAGACUCAGGAGAAUAUUAUUGCAGCAAACACAGGAACUGUUGGAACCGACGCAUCCUAUGACCUCGAAUCGUUUGAAAGCUUGCAUUGGUGAUCUAUGGUUGCAAAGCGCUAAGCAGGCUAGAAAGGCGGGAAUUUUUCAGCAGUCGUACAUGUAUAUACUGAAUGCGGAGGAAUAUACACCGGAAGAGUUAUUUAUAGAGAAAGCAAGGAUGUAUUGGGCUCGAGGGCAACAAGAGCACGCUUUCACAACACUGCGACGUGGACUGGACGAAGCCUACCCGCAGAUAGAAAAGCUCACACAAGAACAAAGAAAAAUAUGUGCCAAGGCAAAACUGUUAAUAGCUAAAUAUAAUGAUGAAACUACAAACGUUGAUGUCGACGUGAACAUCGGUUACUAUACGGAGUCAGUGGAGGUGUUCAAGCAAUGGGAAAAAAGUUUGGUAUGUCUGGGUGCGUACUACGAGAAAGUAUGUAGUGGUGAUGUGCCACCCAAUAACCUGACUUGGUCCCGACGGGUGUAUGCUCUCAAUUCAUAUGGGAAAGCUUUGCAGUAUGGACAUAAAUACUUAUAUCAGAGCAUGCCAAGGAUGUUGUCUAUUUGGUUGGACGUAGAAGUAACAUCAGCGGAUACGAGCAUCCAUUCAGUGUUAGCGCAAAUGACUGAGAUCGUAAAGACUUAUUCCGAAAGAUUGCCUAUCUACUUAUACCUGACAGCAUUCUCUCAAAUAGUGUCCAGAAUUUGUCAUCCGGUCAAGGAGGUUUAUCUUCAAUUAAAAGCAAUUAUAGUGAAAUUGAUAAUGGCGUACCCGCAACACACUUUGUGGAUGAUGAUGUGUGUGAUUAAAUCAAGCUAUCCUCAACGCAUCAAACGUUGCACGGACGUGUUUGCAGACCCGCGACUUAAAGAACCUCAUAUGUUGAAGCUUGUGAGCGAUUUCACUCAGUUCGCUGAAAAGUUGAUAGAUCUGUGUAAUAAGCCUCUUGCUGCCAAUACUGCGAAUCCGACAGUUUCAUCACUGGUCCGAACUUUACCAAGGCUAUUAGCGGGCGACAAUUUUAGCCACAUAAUGAUACCUUUUCAAGAGUUCUGUAAAAUUGUCCUGCCGUCCAAGGCGGCGCGACAAGAGCGCAUCGAUUUCAACAUACCCAAAGAACCUUCAGUGUACAUUGCUGGCAUAGAGGAGAAAAUUCAGAUAUUGCCUUCAUUACAGAAGCCUAGAAAGGUGACAUUAAAAGGUUCCGAUGGAAAGUCCUACAUAAUACUUUUGAAAUCUCGUGACGAUCUACGCAAAGACUACCGUCUAAUGGAAUUUAACGGAGUCGUGAACCGAUUUUUGCAAGACGCACCGGAAACUAGACGUCGACGGCUGUACAUCAGGACUUAUAGUGUGCUGCCUCUUAAUGAAGAGUGCGGUUUGAUCGAAUGGGUGCCGAACUUAGCCGGGCUGAGGCCGAUAUUGUUACACAUAUACAAGCAGAAAGGUAUCCAUACAACCAAUCGGGAGCUCAAGGAGUUGAUGUGUUCUAAAAAUGACCCGGUGGAGAAAAUGAGACGAAUAUUCGAACAGCAGUUACUUCGUCGCCAUCCGCCCGUCUUCCAGGAGUGGUUCAGACGUGUAUUCUCUGAUCCUUACGGAUGGUAUCAAGCGAGAUCAGCAUACAUACGUACAACAGCGGUUAUGUCAAUGGUUGGGUAUAUAUUGGGCUUAGGUGAUCGACACGGCGAGAAUAUUUCCUUCGAUACUACAAAUGGAGAUACAGUGCACGUGGACUUCAAUUGCUUAUUUAACAAAGGAGAGUCUUUCGAAUGGCCGGAGAGGGUUCCGUUCAGACUGACACACAAUAUGGAGGCGGCUAUGGGGCCGCUUAAGCACGAGGGCAUGUUCAGAAAGUGCUGUGAGGCAGUGAUGCGAGCUUUAGGCGCUCAAACUGCGGCUUUGAUGUCGGUGGUGGGUCCGUUCGUGUACGAUCCGCUUGUGUCGUGGGGGCGGGGCCGGGUGCCAGACUGCGCCGAGCGCACCAAUGCGGAAGCACUGCAGCACCUGCGUCACAUACGACAGCGCCUCAACGGCAUGGUAAAAACAAAGAACAAACAAUUAUCCCUGUCUUUAUCCCCGGAGGGUCAAGUUGAACACCUUAUCGUCGAAGCAACCAGUAUUCAUAACCUUUGUCAAAUGUAUAUCGGAUGGGGACCAUUCCUAUAA